AUGCAAAGCUCCGUCACUCGAAGUCCAUUACAGACCGAUACUCUUCCCUCUUGCCAUCUCUCCCAAACGAACCACAACUCGCCAGCCGCCGCCGAACUCGAUCUGCUCCUUCCCAAACAACCUCACCGCGAUGUCAUCGCCUCGCCAGUCGCCUCUGUAGUCUGUACCACCCGGAAAUCGAUCCUCACCGAAAUCGAACCUCACCGCUCGCCAGCCGCCGCCGAACUCGAUCUGCUCCUGCCCAAACAACCUCACCGCGACGUCAUCGCCUCACCGCCCAGCUCACCGCUCCUGUCUCCAGCAUCUCUAGCCAUCCCCCAACUCUCUCGCUGCUGGGCAAACUCACCGCGCCCAUCGCCUCCUCUAGCCUCCAGUUCAGCUCGCGUCUCCAGUCUCUUUAGCUACCGGAAAUCGAGCAUACCUCCUCAAAACUUCAAGCCAGGGAGCUGCAACUCAGCUAUAUGUGGCUCUGCAUCCGCAAGUGAAAGGGGUGUAAGGGGAAUUCUUCAAGGACAGCAACUUAUCCAAACAGGGAAAUCGAGCAUCAACUCGGGGCCCGUGUUGUGUUCAAAAAGAAUAGAUUGGGCUUGGAGAUUUUGUUUCCCCUUCCUUCGCCCCUUGGUCGUUUAG